GCAUAAUUUUGGGCAAAAAUUGAAGCUUUGUGCAAAACUUGAAAAACACACGCCCCGUUACCGUCAUUGAUUUCCCUUACUCUGCAGUCUGCAUUUUCUCAUACUUUUCCUACUAAUGCGUCUCUAAAACCCUAAUUUUACACCAACAAUCAAUAUCUUCAAUUCAAUGGACGAUACAGAAGGGGGUUUAAGCUUUGAUUUUGAAGGAAACCUCGAUAAUCUUCCAACUAUCCCUACUGCUUCUAAUCCAGUCCUACAACCCGACCCAAAUGUUGCCCCUUCUUCCGGACCUACAUCUGCUCCUGCGCCUUUUGAUCCUGCUUCUACUCAAUCUCAAGGUCAUGGUAAUCGUCGGAGUUUCCGGCAAACUGUUUGCCGACAUUGGCUUCGGAGUUUGUGUAUGAAGGGGGAUUCUUGCGGAUUUCUUCAUCAAUAUGAUAAGUCUAGGAUGCCUGUUUGUCGAUUCUUCAGAAUGUAUGGAGAGUGCCGUGAACAAGAUUGUGUUUAUAAGCAUACUAAUGAGGAUAUCAAAGAAUGCAACAUGUACAAAUUGGGUUUUUGUCCAAAUGGUCCAGACUGUCGUUAUCGACAUGCAAAGCAGCCUGGACCUCCACCGCCUGUUGAAGAAGUGCUUCAGAAGAUUCAACAACUUACUUCCUACAAUUAUAGUGCGUCGAACAAAUUUUUUCAGCAACGGAAUUCAAAUUUUUCUCAGCAAGCAGAUAGAUCGCAGUUUCCACAAGGUGCUAUUAGCGCAAAUCAAGCUGCAGUCUCAAAGCCUACAGCAUCAGAGUCCAACAUACAGCAACAGCCUAUUCAGGCUGGCCAGGACCAAACACAAAAUCCUGCAAGUAAUUUAUCUAAUCAACCAGGCGGAACAGCUACUCCACUGCCUCAAGGGAUAACUAGGUAUUUUAUUGUGAAGAGCUGUAAUCGUGAAAACUUGGAGCUAUCGGUUCAACAAGGUGUAUGGGCUACUCAAAGAAGCAAUGAGGCUAAAUUGAAUGAAGCUUUUGAUUCUGUUGAGCAUGUUAUAUUGAUCUUUUCUGUCAAUCGUACUCGGCAUUUCCAGGGUUGUGCGAAAAUGACAUCUAAAAUUGGUGAGACUGCUAGUGGAGGUAAUUGGAAGCAUGCACAUGGAACUGCUCAUUAUGGAAGGAAUUUUUCUGUUAAAUGGCUGAAGUUAUGUGAGCUGUCUUUCAAUAAAACUCGACAUUUGAGGAACCCAUACAAUGAGAAUUUGCCAGUAAAGAUUAGUAGAGAUUGCCAGGAGCUUGAACCUUCUGUUGGGGAGCAGUUGGCCUCCUUGCUUUAUCUUGAACCAGACGGUGAACUUAUGGCAACUCUAACCGCAGCUGAAUCCAAACGUGAGGAAGAAAAAGCAAAAGGACUGAAUGUAGAAAAUGAAGCUGGGAAUCCAGAUAUAGUCCCAUUUGAAGACAAUGAAGAGGAGGAAGAGGAGGACAGUGAAGAAGAAGAAGACGAUAGUGUCAGCCAGGUACCUGGACUACCUGGACUAGCUUUGCAAGGCAGAGGAAGGGGAAGAGGAAUGAUGUGGCCACCAAAUUUUCCAAUGGGACGUGGUAUUCGCCCUAUGCCAGGACUGCGGGGCUUCCCUCCUGGCAUGAUGGGUGCGGAUGGUUUUUCUUAUGGGCCUGGGCCUGAUGGGUUUCCGAUGCCUGAUCCUUUUGGGAUGGCCCCUCGUCCUUUUGUUCCUUAUGGCCCAAGGUUCCCCAAUGAUUUCGCAAAUCCUGCACCUGGAAUGAUGUUUCCUGGUCGACCUUCUCAACCUGGAGGGGUCCUUCCCGGUGGUGGAUUUGGGAUGAUGAUGGGCCCUGGACGUGGUCCUUUCAUCCCUGGAGGAAUGGGUAUGGGAGGGAGAGGUGGUAGACCAAUGGGAAUGCCUCCAAUGUUUCCUCCUCCACCUGGACCACCUCAAGGCGCCAAUCGGGGUCCUAAGAGGGAUAUGAGAGGAUCUAAUGAUUGGGGAGAGACAUUUGGGACGGGUCCAGAGCAAGGAAAGCAACAGGAUAUGGGCGGUGGACGUAGUGAUGAGCCACAAGGUCAACAAGGCGUUGAAAAAUAUGUUUCUACAAACAAAAAUGAUGAGAGUGAAAGUGAAGAUGAGGCGCCUAGGCGGUCAAGACAUGGUGAAGGAAAAAAGAAACGCCGAAGCUUGGAUGGUGAUGUGGACGCUGACCCAUGAGAGUUUUUGUUAAAAGAGGUUUCUAUGGAUAAUAUAGAAACCAUGAAAACCUCCAAAAUUGUUUGUGAUGUAACCUUAGCACAAUUAGAAUAUACCAAUGGCUUGUAGUGUUUUUCUGUUCUUAAAGAAUUUUUAGAGAACACACUAAAACCUAACAACAAUCAACAUUCAGUUGGCUCUUUGUAUUUUUACAUUAUUUAUAUUCACCAUUUAUUCUCUCA